AUGGAAGACACAGAGACAGAGCUGCCACAGAGUGACCGUGCCAGACUGUUCUGGGCCACUCAGGACCUGGACUCGGUCUUCUCUGAGAUCCAGCUACAGGUGAGGGAGCUGCAGGGCCGGCUGAAGGAGGAGCCCUGUGAUAAAGACCUGGUGCAGAGCCUGAAGCUGCUCGAGGCGUUUGAUUGGCCCACAGUGAGCCCACCCUCUGUGGUGCAGGUGGUGAUUGGCUCAGAUGCCGCUCCCCCCUCCGCUCCUGCAGCACUCCCAGUGUACGAGGAGCACUACUGCAGCCAGUCCUGUGUGCCUCCGUUACCCUUGGUGCCUCAGUCUCAGCUUUGGACGUCCAAUCCUCUGAAGAUUCCUUUGAUCUACGGUUUUACCCGCUGCGACCAAUCAGAGAAGGAGCAAAGGGACCAAACACAAAGCAGCGUGGUUUACAGGGCGCCGUGUGGGCUCCGCCUCCUCGACCCUGAGGCCGUCAUGGACUUCCUGUUACAGACGCAGAGCUUCCAUCUGAUACAGGUGGAUAUGUUCUCCUUCAGUUCCAGUGUGUUUGUGGAGUCCCUGAGUCCUGGUCUGGGACAGCGCCCCCCUGUGUUCAGAUAUCGGCAUGAGCGCUGGCCGCGUGGCUGCUUUCUUACACGCUCUCCUCAGCUGUUCCACACAUACUGCACCUGCAGGGGGCGCUGUGGGGCAUCUGUAGAGGACUGCCCCUGUGGUCAGCUCACUGUGGGCUCCUCCUACACACACCAGCGUCUGUUAGAGCCCAACCCCAGCGGGAUCUUUGAGUGUGGUCCUUGGUGCGGCUGUGAUCCGGGUCUGUGUCAGAACCGUGUGGUCCAACGAGGUCUGCGGGUCCGACUGCAGGUCUACAGGACUGAACCAGGUCCAGAGUCUGGUCUAGAUCCGAAAGCAGACCCAAAUCCCGAGAAGGGACCAGAACAGGGUCUAGACCAGAAGCUCGCCCAAAGUCCAGAGCUGAGUCAAGACCUGAGUGGAGACCAGAAACCAGACUCAGCCCCAGACCCAGACCAGGGACCCAGACCAGAGCGAGGCUGGGGGGUCCGCUGUAAGGACGACCUGGACCAGGGAACCUUCAUCUGUGUGUAUGCUGGUGUGGUUCUACAGAAGAGUGACAGACUGGUCGAAGCUCCGCCCCUGAAGCAUGAUGGACAGCUGGAGGCCCCGCCCCUGAAGCAGAGGAGGGCAGAACUUGCAUCAGAUGACGAAGUGCAGCUUGUCACUGAGUGGCUGCCUUCAACCACGCCCACUUCUGACACCGCGCAUGUGCCAGUGAUCCAGAGAGGAAGUGAUGUCACAGCUCAGACGGCGCUCCCACAUGGACACACAGAAUCACAGCAGGUCUCAGUGAACGGGACAAAACGCAGUCUGCACCAGGACAUGAACAGGACUAAGGACCUUUACCUCAUCGAUGCCAGUAAGGAAGGAAACGUGAGCCGCUUCUUCAAUCACUCCUGUGACCCAACGCUCUUCGUACAAAACGUGUUCACGGAUUCACAUGAUAAGAAGUUUCCAAACAUUGCCUUCUUCACCAAGAGAUGCCUCAAAGCAGGAACAGAACUCACCUGGGACUAUAAUGCCGCCCCCUCACAGGAAGAGACUGCUACAAAAAAGGAAGUGGAGUCUGGGAUCCAGGAAGUGCUGUGUGUUUGCAACAGCGCUGCGUGUCGGCAGAAGUUCUACAUCAGGAGCGCUGAAAUAUAA